AGAGAGAGAGCGAGCGAGCGAGCGAGCUGUAAACACAGGGGGCGUCUUACGUUCGACUGGGACAAUAAAAGCGCUUUCUGUAUCAAUGCACUAAACAUGAACUUACGCGAUAUGACUGUGAUAAAACUGCUUUGCCUAUUGUGCGCCCUGAAAUCCAGUCAAGGUUACUAUGGCAACCCUCUGAACAAAUACAUCAGGCACUAUGAAGGACUGUCCUAUGACACAGACUUGGUGCACCACAGACAUCAGAGAGCUAAGCGAGCGAUCUCGCACGAGGACCGCUUCCUUCACCUGGAGUUCCACGCUCACGGAAGGCAUUUUAACUUAAGGAUGAGAAGGGAUACAAAACUUUUCUCUGAGGAUUUUAAGCUGGACGUGUCUGGAGAGGAAAUGGACUAUGACACCUCACAUAUCUAUACUGGAGAGCUCUAUGGCGAGCAGGGCAGCCUAACUCACGGUUCUGUCAUCGAUGGUAAGUUUGAGGGCUUUAUUAAUACGCACCACGGGACUUAUUAUGUCGAGCCUGUUGAGCGCUACUUGGGGGACAAAAAUGUGCCGUUCCACUCCGUCAUCUACCACGGAGAUGACAUUGAUUAUCCUCAUAAGUAUGGGCCUCAGGGUGGCUGUGCAGACCACUCAGUGUUUGAGAGGAUGAAGAAAUAUCAGGCUUCUGCUGUGGAAGAGGUCGUCAAGGAUGAUAAAGUGGGACCUGAGAAGGAGUCUCCUGAUGAUACUGUGUUACAAAGGAAAAAGAGGAUGGCACAAGUGGAAAAAAAUACCUGCCAGCUCUUCAUCCAGACUGAUCACCUCUUCUUCAAAUACUACAAAUCAAGAGAGGCUGUCAUUGCUCAGAUCUCAAGCCAUGUUAAGGCGAUUGAUGCAAUUUACCAGGGCACCGAUUUCCUGGGUAUCCGCAACAUUAGUUUCAUGGUGAAGAGAAUUAGGAUCAACACGACAAGUGAUGAGCGGGACAGAUCCAACCCUUUCCGUUUUGCUAACAUCGGUGUGGAGAAGUUUCUGGAGCUAAACUCUGAGCAGAACCAUGAUGAUUAUUGUCUAGCCUAUGUCUUCACCGAUAGAGAUUUUGAUGACGGUGUAUUGGGACUGGCCUGGGUCGGAGCACCCUCAGGGAGCUCUGGUGGUAUCUGUGAAAAGAGCAAGCUGUAUUCUGAUGGGAAAAGGAAGUCACUGAACACUGGGAUUAUAACAGUGCAGAACUAUGCAUCCCACGUGCCUCCGAAGGUCUCCCAUAUCACCUUCGCUCAUGAAGUCGGACACAACUUCGGCUCUCCACAUGAUUCAGGCUCUGAAUGCACACCAGGCGAGUCAAAGAGCCAGGAUAAGAAGGAGAAAGGCAACUACAUAAUGUAUGCUAGAGCCACAUCAGGAGACAAGCUUAACAACAACAAGUUCUCAGUGUGCAGUAUUCGCAACAUCAGCCAAGUGCUGGAGAAGAAAAGGGGCAACUGCUUUGUGGAGUCUGGCCAACCAAUCUGUGGUAACGGCUUGGUAGAGCCGGGAGAGGAGUGUGACUGUGGAUAUAAUGAUCAAUGCAGAGAUCAGUGCUGCUAUGAUGCUAACCAGCCAGACAAUAAGAAGUGCAAACUCAAACCUAACAAAGUCUGCAGUCCUAGCCAAGGUCCGUGUUGCACCUCCGAGUGCACAUAUAAGAGCCGAAACGAGAAGUGUCGUGAGGAGUCAGAGUGCGCCCAUCAGGGCAUGUGUAAUGGAGCGUCAGCCCAGUGCCCCACCUCUGAGCCCAAAGCCAACUUCACUGCCUGCCAUGGAGAAACUCAAGUCUGCCUUAACGGGGGCUGUUCUGGCUCCAUCUGUGAGAAGUACGGGCUGGAGGUGUGUACCUGUGCUAGCGGGGAUGGCAAGGAUGAGACUGAGCUCUGUCAUGUUUGCUGCAUGGAGAAAAUGAACCCCAGCACAUGCAGCAGUACCGGGUCUGAGCGCUUGGCCCAGUUCUUCAAUAGGAAGGUGACCACGCUGCAGGCUGGCUCUCCCUGCAACGACUUCAAAGGCUACUGUGACGUGUUCAUGAAGUGCAGGCUGGUGGAUGCCGAUGGGCCACUGGCCAGACUGAAGAAAGCCAUCUUCAACCCCAAACUCUAUGAGAACAUUGCUGAAUGGAUAGUGGUUUACUGGUGGGCAGUGCUGCUGAUGGGUAUUGCUUUGAUUAUGCUCAUGGCUGGGUUCAUCAAGAUUUGCAGUGUGCACACACCCAGUAGUAACCCCAAACUACCACCACCUAAACCUCUUCCAGGUACUCUAAAGAGAAGACGAGCCCAACAUGCUAACCAGCAGCAGCAACAUCAGCAUCAUCACCAUCACCACCACAACCAGAACCAGCACCCUCAUGCACAUGGCCAUCAGAACCAGCGUCCAUCCCAGCGCCAACCUCAGCCCCCACGCCACCACCGCCAGCCGCGCGAGAAUUACCAGAUGGGUCAGAUGAGACGCUGAGAGCCCCGACGUCCCCCCAUAAGCACCACUACCACACCCUGCCAGUGCCUGCCUACAUUGGGAUAACGGUCACUACAGCCACUACACUACACACUGCUUCACAGCCAGAUGCAGAGGAUUCUAAUCUCAGCUUACCUGGAAAACACUUAAAUAAUUUCCAGCUGUCAAGAAUUCAAAAAUUCUUAACCAUGUGCUGUUCUCCAACUCCAGUUUGGUUUAAUCAGGACUUGUGUGUCCGUAGAACAAGGCAUUACUCCAAAGAGUCCGACUGGACCAGCACAUGAAAUCCUCAUACCACCGCCCAGUUUUUCACUGCAUCAAACAGGACCAAUUUUAACAGCUACACUAUAAAAUGUGCAGUAUGUGACAACAUGAGCAGGUUUUUUAAAGCAGCCUUUGUCAAAAGUCAUACACUAAAACAGGAAUCGUUUACAAUAAUGCGUCCAGCUCUCCAUAAAGGAUAUCUGGGCUAGUCCAUUAUGCUUCCGUUCAUUCCAGUCUUUAUAACUGAGCCACUCGAACAUGGUGGAGAACAUCUCUGCUCCGUUUAGCAGAAGCGAGCUCAAACCGCAUGGACAUUUCGGGUCUCUCUUUGUCCAAUCACAGCACAGGAAGACAAUGAAAAUCAUCUCGAACGUUUGCUUCAUUCCCUUGAAAGAGUACCAUAAACAGCAGACAAAAAUCAAGACUUUUCAGUUUGGAAGUUAUAUAUUAUAUAUAUUUUUCUCUCUUUUUCUCCCUUUUCCCCAUUCCCUUCUCAGUUGGUAAAUCGAAGGAGUGCCAAGGUUUAAGAGACCAGGCGUAGAUUCAGCAUCCACUUUCGGUCCUUUCAGUUGUGUUUCUGUUUCAAACCCUCAGAUAACAUGGUUUGAGAUGAAAGCAUCUAUUUAUUCUUAUCAAGCAAAAGAUCAAGGCUGUUAUUUUCUCCAUGCAGCAAAAUACAUACUGCAACCGUUGUACAGAUUACAACUGUAUAGAGAAAAGAGAUUUGUAUUAUAUGUGAGAAAUAUUUCUUCUACUUCUCAGAACAGAAAUACGUUUGUCGCUUUGAUCAAUAUUUCUCAGGACUUGGACAGAAAUAAAGGGACUGUACAGAUGAUUGAGGAUGGAGGGAAUUGCCAUUUGAAGGAGGAUAAGAGCAGGUACACAUGGAGUUGAGCUGAUGGUUCUAUUUGGCUUUGUACUUUUUUUUUUUUUUUCUUUUUUUUUUCCCGUUUAAUUCAUUUAUCCCGGGUGUGUUCGGUGAAGCGGUACACAUAUCCACAACGAAACUCUAGUGUGAAGAAACUUCAUCCUCAUCCUCACGGUUCCACUAUUUUCUCGCCUCUCGUCACCUCAGAUUUCCACUUGGUGUCAUGUUCCAGAAGAUGAAUCUACACAGCUAG